AAUCCAAUUGUGUGAAAUUAUGUCAAUUUUCAAGAAAAAAAUUUGUUGAAAAUGUGUAAUUUAAAAAUUAUCAUUAUUUCCAUUCUAUAACAUUAAUGGAUUAAUUUUUUGUCUCUCUGAUAUCAAUUAUUCCUAGUGUAACGAAAUGUUUGGAUUUGAAAUAAAAAGAAUCAUGAUGUGGAGCUUGAUUGUAUUAAAUAUGAUCAUGAGCUUAGCUAUUGCUCAAAAAGCUACUUUUGAGAAUUAUAAAGUUUUCAGUAUUAUGCCAACUACACAGAGUCAGUUCCAACAACUUUACAAAAUAGUUAAAUUUCAUGACGGAUUCAGCUUCUGGAAUAUAGCGGGGCUCAAAAAUAAAAUAAUAAAUCUUAUGGUAGCUCCGCACAAAUUGCCGCAAUUUCACGAAAUAAUGGCCCAAAUUGGUGUAUCUUAUCAAAUCAACAUCAAAAACGUUCAAAAACUUAUCGAUCAGACGAUGCCUGCGAACCGAUCGAUGUCUUUCGAUUUUAACAGUUAUCACACUCUCGACGAAAUCUAUAAGAAUUUAGACGAUUUGACCGAACGGUAUCCAGACAAUGUACAGAUCAUUAUAGGUGGCAGAACAUACGAAGGACGUCAGAUUAAAGGUGUCAAGGUAUCAUUCACGGCGAAUAAUCCUGGAAUCUUUCUCGAAGGUGGAAUUCACGCCAAGGAAUGGAUCUCGCCGGCGACAGUCAUGUACAUCUUACAUCAAGUACUGACCAGCAAAGACGCGGACGUUAGAGCCUUGGCAGAGAGUCACGAUUGGUACAUUUUUCCCGUAUUUAAUCCUGAUGGAUAUGUAUACACACACACUACGAAUCGAAUGUGGAGAAAGACUCGUAAGCCAUCCGAUACCUUCUGCAUUGGUGUAGAUCUUAAUAGAAACUGGGGUUAUAGAUGGAAUAAAAAUAAUACUAAACCAUGUUCCAAUGGCUAUGCGGGAAGUGCGCCGUUCUCUGAAAUAGAAACGAGAAGUAUAUCCAGAUAUAUCAAGACUAUUUCCAACAAGUUCUAUGCGUACAUCGCAUUUCAUAGCCAUGCGCAGCUGUUGUUAUUUCCUUACGGGCACACAAAAGAUCAUCUUGACAAUUACGACGAAUUAUAUGCCAUCGGUUUGAAAACAAUUGCGGCUCUCAAGAAAAGAUACGGAACUGAAUAUCACACCGGAAAUAUUGCAGAAACAAUAUAUAAGGUCACCGGAAGUAGUGUCGAUUAUAUUAAGGCUACUUAUGGCAAGCAAAUCACUUAUAUCUAUGAGUUGCGCGAUCGCGAUUGUUAUGGGUACUUGCUGCCCCCUGACCAGAUUAUCCCGACUGGAGAGGAGGUUGUGGACUCCCUCGUAGUUAUGUUCAAGGAAGCAAAAGCACAUGGACAUCCCUUCAGAAAUUUCUAAUUAGCAAUUUAAAUUAAUUUUAUUUCUAUUUUUGUUAAAAUU